UUUCCGAAACGAUAAAAAACGUAAAACCUAUGGAGAAAGGCAGCUCGGGCAUAAAGCUACAGGCCUACAAAUCAAGUGAGGUGACUGUACCUCAGUUUUCAUUCGGUUAUCAGGAUUUGGAACUAGAAUCAACAGAGAGCAAACAUGGGAUUCGUGACCGAAGCAAGCAAUGACAAUGUUAUAGCUUCAAUACUGCCCCUAUUCGGCAAGAAAAUAAACGGCAAUGUUUUUGACGUUGUUUCGCGGGGAUUAUGCUACUAUUCUCGGUUUUGAAAGGGAGAGAGCCAGGCAUCACAGCGCCGCACUAGAGAAGCCGGAGGUUAAUCACGUUUUCAGCACCUAGACAGCUCCUUGUGGAAGAGGAGGUCUAUAUUCGGCAGCAAGGAGUCCCUUCUGCGAUCGCGGGGGAAGCCCUCAACCCUCACUAGCAAUUUUGGAGCGGUGUAGCCAACAACACACACAACGUUCUGACCUUUCUUCCUCCACUCUCCAACGAUGCUGGUUAUUUGGUGGUCAGUCAGGGACACUUAAUAUAAUCUUGCUGAACGACGAUGGUGCUUGCAUUUCGGCUCCAGUCUUUUCGUGUUGCAAAGGAUUCUAAGCAGCAGCAGCAGGGGUGCUUGUCCAAUGUAAAAGUGCUAAGGAAGGCAGCAGCCUACACAUCGCCACGAGCUUGGAGCACGAGCCUCACUCACGCUGAUCAUCACAGAGGGAGACAUUAUCACGAGCACGCGGCCAACGGGAGGCUCGAUUAGACUGUCAACAAUGUAAAUCAAGACAGGUUCAACAUGAGUCCAGCAGAGUAUAUCUGGUGUGGCGAACUCAGAAGCUAAGAGAGGCUGAGAGAACUGAGUGAAGAACAUAGCCGCCUCCUCUUCCUCUCUCCAUCACCAUCCACCAACAUGGCUAACCCUCAUGACGUGGUGGAGCAGCAGGCUGGAGGCCUAUCAGACCUGGAGAUCAUCUCCCAGCCAGACCCUGUGGAGGAGCAUGGUGUGCAGGAGAUGAACCCUUCCUGCAUGGCUCCUGUCCAGCUGGUCAGCUUUGGCUACAGGGACCUUCCUCUGGCCCACCUGGACCUCUCCCUGGCCGGAUCACAGCUCCUCUCUAACCUGGAUGAGGACGACAACAGGGAAGGGUCUAACUGGUUGAAGCCGUGCUGUGGGCGGAGGGUAGCCCUGUGGCAGGUGUGUCUGCUCAGUGCAGGCUUCAACUGUUUCCUGGUGGCCCUGGUCAUCCUGGUGGUGGUCUUCUUGACCCUGGAACUCCUCAUAGACACCAAGCAUCUACAAUUUGCCAAUGCUAUUCAAUUUGCCAGCGUCAUCCAUUGGAUCAGCCUUGCCAUCCUUUCACUCUUCUUCACUGAGACAGUCUUCAGGAUUGUAGUCCUUGGGAUUUGGGACUACAUUGAGAACAAAGUAGAGGUGUUUGACGGGGCAGUCAUCGUAUUGUCCCUGGCCCCUAUGGUAGCCUCCACGGUAGCCAACGGCCCCAGCAGUCCCUGGGACGCCAUCAGCCUCAUCAUCACCCUGCGCAUCUGGAGGGUCAAGAGAAUCAUCGACGCCUAUGUGUUGCAGGUGAAGGUGGAGAUGGAGCUGGAGAUCCUGCAGUGUGAGAAGAUCAAGGCUGUCAGGGAGGAGCAGCUGGAACGACUCACACAGAUCUGCCAGGAGCAGGCAUUUGAGAUCAGACAGCUCCGGGCCCACCUGGCCCAGCAGGACUUGGACCUGGCUGCAGAGCAGGAGGCUGCUAUGCAGAUCCACCAUGUGUGGGGCAAACAGAGGAGCAGCUACCAGGUGGUGGAGAGCCAGGGCCCUGGGGAGUCUGACGAUGAGGGACAUGGAGUCCUCAGGGAGACCCCAGCAGAUCCUGUUGUCCAUCAUGACGACAUGAACAACUAUAUCAGCCAGUACUACAGUGAACAAAGUAGUGACAUGGGGGGUCCUCGUGUCAUCACCACGGCAGCCAUCGAUGUCCACCUCCCUACGACCCAUUACCCCGCCCACAACAAUCCUCUGCUGGGCGUGGAGCAAAUGAGUAGCGCUGUGAGUGACACUUCCACCAGCGUAUCACUGUCCAGUGGCAGUCUGACGGCCCGCCCCCAUAGCCUGAGCAGCCACACCCUGCGCUCGUCUACUACGGACUGCAGCAGCAGCACCACGGCCAGGGACUACCACACCCAGGCUAGGAACUACAAUGCCCAUACUAAGGCCCGGGGGCCUUAUCUGGACUACAAGUCCCAGAAGCAGACCCAGGACAGGGACUUUAACACCGAGCACUCCAACACCCAGGGCCAGCGCUGCUUCCUCCUGCCCUACUGCAGCCCUCUGGGCCUGGGUCUGACCUCAGCCCAGCCUCCCCUUCCACAGGACCCCAGCGUGGUAGUCCAGGAGCUGCUCUCGUCCCUGCCCUACUGCAGCCCUCUGGGCCUGGGUCUGACCUCAGCCCAGCCUCCCCUUCCACAGGACCCCAGCGUGGUAGUCCAGGAGCUGCUCUCGUCCCUGCCUGAGGACUCCUGUCUGGCCCAGAAAGGCCUGGUGGACCCAGUUAACCUGAAGCGUCCCAGUCCUGCCAGCUCAGCCAAGGCCAGCCCAGAGCUGGAGCACAGAAUCAACAUCUACAACUGGAAGAAUCAGGAGGAAAACCAGUAUCAGAGCCGGGGCCAGAGACAGGGCCGAGCCGCAGCCACUGUGCUCCUACAGACUAAGCCUCUCAUCCACCUGCAGGGCGGCACUCCUGAGUCCUCUUUGGAGGAGAAGUAUAGGCUACUGGGCCCUGCUGAUGGUCCACUGGGCCGUCUGCCUGAUACAUAGGGUUGAUUUACACUACUGAGCUAAGCCAAGCCGAACUGAGCUGCAUUGUGCUGGCCUGGUUAUGCAUCCACCAUAGUUGUUUGAACCGUGCUGGAAAGGACAUGUGAAAAGAAUAUGUCAGAGCUAGCACUGGUUGGCUCGGGUCGGAACAACAGCGUGAAAAGGGCAAUAGUUCAUCCCAGAGGACAGAGCAUACAGCUCAAGACAGAACUGACUGACCUGGCUUCUCCAAAUCCUCAUGCUUCAAACAAAGUCAGAGCCUGUUCCAAGAUCAAACCUGGCGUUACAAAGACCAUCUGUUAGCAAGACAGCACAAACAGAUCUGGGGCUAGGCUACCGCUCUCAUGUUAGUCUUCCCUUCUCUGUGGGGCUCCGGACAGAGACAGACAGACAGACACAGCCCUCCUCGAACUCAAUCUUGGGGUGACUUUGAAUAAUGCCCCAUUUGCACAACAAUGACCCAGUGAGGACAGAGGAGACGUGUGGGCCUAGAAAGAACCAUCAUCAGGAAAUCCCACUUUAAAUGGGGCCCCAAAUGUGAAACAAAACCGUUUGAAAUAAAACCAGCAAUGGGCCAUAUUCAAGCCUUUACAGAACAAGCCUAUUCAAGUGUUCCUAUGUUAACUGCAAGACAGAUUUGAUAUUCUAAUAUCUAAGUUGGGUGGGAGUGGGAGUGGGAGUGGGUGGUGUUUUUGCUUUCUUUUUAUUUGUAUUAGCUACUGUAAGUGUGCAGUUCUCUCUGCUCUAACAACCAAGCCACAGGGUGCUUUCCCUGGACAAACUGUCUGUGCCAAAUAAACAGACACUUUCUUACUAUACUUUUGUCUUUCUAUAACAGAGAUAAAGAGGUUUGUAGAGGUAGAGGAACAUCAACCAUAUCAAGCCUGGUAUUUUCUAGCCAGAUCCAACAACAGGCAAUUGAAGAAAUGAUGGAGGAAUUAAAAGUAUGAGGAUAGGUGGUGAAUGGCCCUAAAGGAUCCCAAGAGGUCCAGCAUAAGAAAAGCAUGUGAAUCUGAUUAUGAGCUGUGAUGGAGGAUUGGUGUUUUAGAUUGGAGUGCUGGUAGCAUGAACCUUUCUUUAAAAGAUCUGCAGCCUGAACAUGGCUAGCCAAUCCUGUGCACUUUAAUCUUUACAGAUGUUUUGUAAACUUAAUAUGUGGGGAACUCAUUGCCAAAUAUCAGGUGGUGCCAUUCAAAUAAUAAAUAAACCUUUGUAACAUUAA